CACCAAUUCUUGGAUAUCUAGGUAUAAUAGAGCACACAAAUAUUCCGUGCACAGCGUUUUCCCCUUUAUAUCAAUGAUGAUCAUUUCGUUUUAUCAUAGGUGAUCGCAUGAAACAUAGAAAAUGGCCUAUGGUUGCUGGUAUUCUUGGGUUACUAGUCUCUACCUUUUUGUUCCUGUUUGCUCAGGCGUAUUGGGAAUUGUUAUUGGCCCGUUUCUUACAAGGCUUCUCUGAUUCCUGUGUUUGGACAUUGGGUAUGUGUUUAAUAGCCGAUAGUUUCCCUUUAAAUGAGUUAGGUUCAAAGAUGGGUAUUGUUCUCUUUUUUCACUCUUGUGGUUUAGUUUUAGGUGCACCAAUCGGAGGUACGCUGUUCCAUAACAUCGGCUAUAAGGCACCAUUCAUACUAUGUAUUUGUUUGGCUGGAUUGGACUUUAUCCUUCGUUUAUUCUUAGUAGAGCGACGGAAUCAACCGCCAGAAUGGUAUAAUGAUUCUAACGAAACCAGUGCCGUUGAGCCUUCUACAAUUGUCAACCCUGCCCCUGAUAGUACAAAGGAAAAAGUAAAGGAACGAAUCACAAUAUUGAAGCUGUUACGUCAAAAUCGCUUAAUUGCUUCCUUGGUAAUCGCAUUUUCUAAUGGAUGUGUAUUUAAUGUAUUCGAACCGACAUUACCUGUCAGAUUGUCGUCCGAGUGGGGAUACAAUUCGAGCCAGAUUGGUGCUGUCCUUCUGGCUCAAGCAAUUCCAACUUUUGUUGCGUCACCUCUGGCAGGUUAUAUUACUGAUAGGUACGGUGCCAAAGUGGUUGCUUUUUCGACAGUAUUGAUCUGUGCAGUUUCUACUAUGUUGAUAGGCAUACCCAACCAAAACACAACAGGAGGCAUUGCACCCUUAAUUGUCCUUUUGGUUAUUCAGGGUUUUUCAGCUUUUGCUUGUAUUACACCAGUACUUCCCGAAAUAGCCAUUGUCGUUCAAUCUCUGAACGGUGAUGAUGGAGACGACGGUCAAGGAAUGAGCUAUGCUCUAUUUAAUAUUGCUUUUGGCCUCGGCGCUUUGGUUGGACCACUCUUCGGGUAAGGCUUUUCAGCUUUUUCUUUUUUUUUGAUGUUGCUGUUAUUACCAUUUUGAUAAACGAGACAAUGGUGCUGAAUUCUAUUUUAUCUCUAAAAGUGGCUUUUUAUAUGGUAAGAUUGGGUUCUUCUACAUGUCAUUAAUUUUCGGCCUAUUUAUGUUGGUGUGUGCCCCAUAUAUUUUACUGUAUACUGGCGAACGCGGUAAAUUCAUAUGUAGACCAGCAGACAAGCAGCAAACA